AAACGUUGUAAUAUUAAUUACCGCGCAAGAGGAAAUAGAAGAAGCAUCACCUCGCUCAUAUCCGAGCUGCACCUGAACGCACCGACGGCUGGUCUCGCUAGAGAAGCGUAAGAAGUCAAAAAGUCAACACAAUUGGAGUCAGCCGGCAUCAAGUUUGACAUCUUUGACUGAUAUGUUUCUCUUCGUACUUUACGUCGUCUUCGGACCUUCAAUGAACGCAAACUGUGAGACGCACUCCCUGACCUACAUCUACACGGCGUUGUCGGAGGGGGCGGUACUGGCGGGGGCGCGGGAGUUCACGGCGAUGGGGGUGCUGGACGGCCACGUGAUCGACUACUACGACAGCGGCACCACAAAGAAGGUGGCCAAGCAGCCGUGGAUGGAGGCGGGUUUGAGCGCCGACUACUGGCAGCAAGGCAGCGAGUCGAGGCAGAACAAGCAGCGCUGGUUCAAGGUCAACGUGGACAUCCUGCUCCAGCGCAUGAGACACAACCACUCAGACGUGCACGCUCUACAGUGGCUGCACGGUUGCCACGGUGACCUGCAGUCCAACGGCACUGUCCUCUUCCGGCGUGGCGUGGACAGGUACAGCUACGACGGACGGAACUUCCUGUCCUUCGACUACGACGAGGCGGUGUGGGUGGCAACCUCGGACGCGGCCAUGGAGACUAAGAGGAAGUGGGACAAGGUCCAGAUGCUGAAGGAUUACACUCGGGCCUACCUGGACAGGGAGUGCAUCACCUGGAUGAGCCGCUUCCUCCAGUUCGAGCGGGACCACCCGGCCAACGCGUCAUUGGCCGGCGUGCACGUGUUUGCCAGGAACAACGUCAGGAACAACGUGGUGCUGACCUGCCUGGCCACGGGCUUCUACCACAAGAACGUCUCCCUGGAGAUCCGGAGGGACGGCCGCACUCUGACCCCAGAGGACGGGAUGACGUCGUCGGGCGUGCGGCCCAACGAAGACCACACCUUCCAGCGCCGAGACAGCGUGGAGGUGUUGAAGAGCGACACGGCCAUGUUCGCCUGCGUGCUCCGCCAUCUGCCGUCCGGACUCGAGGUGGAAGCCGUUUGGGAUCACACAAUCGUCAGCGCCGCCGACGCAGGCUGGAGCGUGGGCGUCACCAUUGGGCUCGUGACGGCCUUGGCCUUCGUCUUAUUUGUGCCGCUACUCUGGAUGCUCUGCUCCAGGACGUCCAAAUGCGGGGGGUCCCUGUCACUGCGGUCUGGGUUUUGUUAUCAAAUCCUGCCCUGUCAAUCAUCUUCCUCUGCAGAUGCUGUGCACCAGGCCACGCCCCCUGUGGACUCUGUUUCAACAGCGAGUGAAUCGUUGCUGCCGUGCAAGGGGGAAGGAACCGGAUGGUCCUUAGACUCCGGCAUCUUCUGUGAUUCUGCCACGCUGCGUCCGUCUUCAGAGGACAUGCCCGCCGACACCCCACGUGACCAGCCGGAAGACGCUCCGGUUCCUCCCAGUGUGACUCAGUGCGCCCCCUGCAGCUGAUGCAACUCCAACCCGCUGACCCCGGCUUGACCUCCUCCAUGUGACGCCAUCGUGUGGGCGGGGCCACCGUCAGGCUGUGUACCCAUGAAAUAAAUGCCAUGGUAACUGUCAGCGUCAUCUAUGGUCCAUCUUCCAUAGCAUCCAUCUUCCAACGCAUGACGUCCUGUGGGCGGAGUCAGUCAUCAUCAGCAAACACAACAAACAUUCAUUCUACUCUUACUCUACUACAAAUUGAUUUAGGCUUCACUGCUGAAACGGGAAUUGGCAUCCGUUUCUCUUCAUCAGGUCAGGUUUUUGUCGGUCUGACAAAAUCUGAUCUUGUGACAUCGAUGACAUUUUUGUGGCAUUAUCAGCUGAUGUUUGUCAUACUUCUCAUCCUCAAUAGUAUGUUGUUGGUAAAACACUUUUUCCAUGUAUUGAUUCCAUAUAUUGAUUACCUGACAGAAACAUGGAUUACUGUCAAAUGAAUGUGGGCAUUGAUAAAGGUAGUACAGGAAA